AAAUUUAAGCGGGCUAGAAGUGAGAUUUAAGACGUGACAUUUGCGCUGAAUGCAUCUGUAGAGUAGAUCGACUUCAAAAUCAGACACAGAUGUAACGGCAACGAUGCAACAGCUAGUUGUGACGUUUUAUGAACCAGAAAAUUAGCGCUGAUAAGUGAAAGUUGGGAAAAAAAUGCAGACAGCAUUUGACAGCGCGCCGGCGAGCGGGUCAUUUGUAUGCUACUCUGGCUAGUUUGCAGACUCACACAGCUGGCACGAGCCGUUUUCGUAACGUAUUAUUAAAUUUGUCGAACUUUUUGGGCUUCUUAGAAUCCUAUAAAACAGUGUAAUUCGGCAUCAGCAUUGAACGGGUACAGCCUUGAAGAUGUCUAAAGCAACAAAACGAAAACACGUUGUGAAAGAAAUCAGGGAGGACUUGAAUAUUCCCACGGAAUCGCAGUCUAUAGUAAGAAUCGUUGCAUCAAAAGGUAAUAAUCUUCACGAAGCGAGCAGUCCAGGAGGCGGGAACUACUUGGUUUCAAUGCCUACCAAGUACCGGAAAAACAUAUGGAUCAAGAGAGGAGACUAUGUUUUAGUGGAGCCAAUUCCCGAAGGGGACAAAGUCAAGGCUGAGAUAGUGAAAAUACUGACUAAGGAGCAUAUCAAAUUUUAUCGCUUGAGAAACUGUUGGCCACAGGAGUUUGAGAAAGGUUCAAAACGAGUGGAACGCGACGAAGAUGAAGAUCUGUUCAUAAAUACGAACAGACGGCCAGAAAAUCAUGACACCACGGAAACUGAAAGCGAUACAAGUUCAGAAGCUUCGGAUUCAGAUUGAUGACAAAACUCUUAGGGCUACCGUCAUGCUCAAUGAUGAAUUGGCGAUAAGGAAUUUUUUAUUAUUUGUACAAACUGGUGUUUAAGUGUAUCAGCACUGUGCAGUAAUUAUUUUAUUUCGUGGAUACAGAUUUAAUUUAAACGUAUUUUAUGAUGGUUUGUAUCGUCGUGUCAAGAAUGAGGUUUCUGAAAUCAGGUUUAAAUUUAUUGCGAAGUUUAUCCAAAGUCAAUAUCGUACAGCUUAAUCCGUUAUCGGAGAUUAUACACGUUUAAAUAUUUAUUUGUCGAAGACUAUAUAUUUAACACGAAAGGCCAAAAAUGAUCUCUGUAUUGUAAAAAAUACAAAUAAAAACAAGAUUCCUCCAUUCGCA